AUGUCAUCUGAAGCUCAAGAGUCGUCUGGUUCCUAUGAUUUCAUCGUUUGCGGCGGGGGUACGACCGGUUGUGUGGUGGCCGCAGGCCUGGCAGAAGACUCAAACAUCACCGUUCUAGUCAUCGAAGCCGGUCCGCAUAACGAAGACCUUGAGAAUGUUCACAUGGUCGGCGGCUGGGCGGCGAAUUUCGGCAAAGAGACCGAUUGGAAUAUUGUUACAAACCCCGGAGCUGGAAUCAACAAUCGGCAAGUAAAAUUGAGCAGGGGAAAGUUCCUGGGCGGCUGCUCAGGUUGCAAUGGUACACUUUGCAUCCGCGGAUCCAAGCAAGACUAUGACGACUGGCAUCUACCAGGUUGGAGUGGCGAAGAGUUUUUCACGUACAUGCGAAAGGCUGAAUCGUUUGUGAGCAAGCCUUGGUUCAAGGCAUCAGAGUCGUCUCACGGAUACAAUGGCAAACUGGGGGUCGAACCACAUGACUUGGCCCCGAUUUCAGAGCUAGUUCUGAAAUCAAUGGAUUCCAAGGGCCUCAAGCUCGAUGACGACAUGUUUUCGCAUGGAGAAAACCCGCACGGCUGUGGACAUGUACCACGAACGGUAACGAGUGGUCUUAGAACGACAGGUGCUGAUUUUGUUAUCAAUGCGAACGCCAGAAAGAAUAUCACGAUAUUGACGAAUACUUACGUCGACAAGGUCGUGUUGGAGCGAGAUUCAAAGGGUGAACUCGUAGCCACUGGCGUCAAGGUUCUUUCUGGUGACGGGAAACAGAGUACGAUUGCUGCCAAGAAGGAGGUGAUCGUGAGCGGCGGUGCCUACUGCAGCCCGAACAUCUUGAACCGGUCAGGGAUUGGUGCCAAGGACGAGCUGGAUAAAGUCGGGAUUACUACUCUCCUGGACCUACCAGGUGUUGGAAAGAACCUGAUGGAUCAUCUUAUUGUCUUCAUAUUCUAUGAAGUCGACCAACCUGGUCUAACCAAUGACCACCUUAUCUAUCCCGAAGCCGCCUUCACAAAGUCAUAUGAACUUUGGAAGGCCGAAAAGAAGGGGUUUUUGUCCACCUUUCCAUUCGGGGCUUUUGCUUUUGCGCGUCUUGACGAGCGUUUGAGUGACUCCGAGUUGUGGAAUAAGGCCCCGAGAGAGUCGGGCCGUGAUCCAAUGGGACUGACACCAGCGCAGCCCAACGUUGAGUUCUUCACAACCGAGUGUUAUGGUGGACCCAAGCAAUUUUCGGAUUUUCCUGCUGAUGGAAAGUCAGCGUUUAGCCUGAUCGCAGAGCUUUUUGGUCCCAGGUCACGAGGGACGGUGGCAUUGAAAGAUGCAAACCCACUUUCGGCUCCCGUUGUUGACUGUCAGUAUUUGUCUGACCCUCUGGAUGUCGAAGUUUUGGCAGAAGCAUGCCGAUUCGGAAAUGAAAUAAUCACACAAGGCUCGGGGACGAAGGAUGUUGUCAAAGGUUCCUGGCCACCUGAGGCUGCGCAUCACACGUUCUCGUCCCGGGCGGAUUGGGUGCCGUAUGUUAAGAAUAAUGCCACCACAUUAUCAGGCUAUCAUGCUUCUGGCACAUGCAGAAUGGGUGACUUGUCAGACGAGCGCACCGUUGUCGACCACAAUCUCAUUGUGAAGGGAGUCAAGUCUCUCCGGGUUGUCGACGUCAGCAUCAUGCCGAUUCUCCACGGUGGUCAUACACAGAUGCCCGCUUUUGGGAUCGGAGAGAAAGCUGCUGAUCUUAUUAGGGAAACAUGGAACCUGGCUACAGAAGCAAAAUGA